UCAUCAUGUCUGCUGGAAGAACUAUCAUCUCAAACACAGUAGCCAAAGAUCGGGUCAUCUCCAAAUUCCCUCAGGCUUUCCAUCCUGAUGCCACUCCAUACCAAAAGAUGAACUUUCAUCCAAAAGUGAAGAAUGCUUGUGCAGAAAAUAGAACAGGAAGAGUCGGAUUGAAGAUUUGUAAAGCUGUUCUUGUUGGUGAUGUGUCUGUGGGAAAGACAAGUCUGGUCAAUAGGUUCUGUCAUGAUGUGUUUGACAGAGACUACAAGGCUACCAUAGGAGUGGAUUUUGAAGUGGAGAAGUUUAGUAUCCUCUCCAUACCCUUCACACUACAGAUAUGGGACACAGCUGGCCAGGAAAGAUUCAAGUGUAUAGCAGCCUCCUACUACAGAGGGGCUAAUGUGGUGGUGGUAGUGUUUGACCUGACAGAUGAAAUGUCACUGUCCAAUGCUGCUAAGUGGAUGCGUGAUGCUUCAGAAAGUGCUAGUGAUCCCAUCAAACUUCUGGUGGGCAGCAAGAAAGAUAGCAUGUCUGAUGCUGGAUAUGAAGCUGUGGAGAGAAGAGCAUCAGACAUUGCUAACAGUAUCGGGGCCGAGUAUUGGGCAGUGUCGUCUAAAACAGGUGAGAAUGUGAAGGAUUUCUUCUUCCGAGCAGUAUCUCUGACAUUUGAAGCUGCUGUCUUGCGAGAAGUGGACACAGACCAUUCCCAGCCAGCCAAACAGAUUGGCAAUGACUUUAUCAGAGUGGAGAGAGACAAUUUGUAUGAAAGGAAGAAAAAGAAAGGAAUAAACAAGUGUUGUGAAGCAUAAUGAUGAUGUGCCUUUAGUCGUCACAAUACAUUCCUGUUGAUGUUAGCUGGAUCAUGGUGCUGUUGAUUCAUCAAUCAAUCGUCAAGUAACAUUUCUCCAACAAAAUAGUCCUAAAGCUUAGAAUGUUUCAAAAACAACCUGUUUUAUUUGUCACUCUGCAGUCAAGCCUGGUAACAUUUCAACAUCAUGUUGAAUUAUAGUCUUACAGCUGAGAUGUUUCAGUAACAAUGUGAUGAAUGUUUGCUGUAUAGUUGAGCAUGUUGAGUCUAAAUACUGCAGUUAAGUAUUGUUUCAACAACAUGUUUAAUCAUUAAUCUACAGAAUCAUAGACUUAUAUUAUUUUACAUCAGUACUGAACAAGAUGUCAACCACUCUUUAAAGAAGGGCUUGAGGGGUUUAACUUUGGGUGGAAUCCAGAGUACCUGGGGAAAACCCACAUGGUUGGGUAGAUGACCCAUAUUUUUUUACAUCCAACCUGGGAAUCAAGCUCCAGACACCUGAGUGUGCUAUCAUUGUGGCACUCUUUGUUCUAGUCUGUUGUGGUUUCACAAACAACUA